GGAACUGAGUGAACACGUUUUCAGGACUGUCUUCCAGACUGAACAUUAGUUGAGUUUAAUUUUCAUCUUCAAAGGCUGGAACAGCACAAAGGGAAGUCUGACUAAUCGUGAAGAGGCGCGCUGUCCCACCACAACAGGAAAUACUUCUGGGUGUAUUAAUGCCCGUGUACCGCCAUGACUGGUAGACGGAGACAACACAAAGCAAAGAGCCCGGAAGCUGAAUGUACUACGAGCAAAAAUAGAAAUGGAGAAAUUAAAGAAGUUUUACUUCCCAGAUGUACAGACUUCACAGAAGAAAAACGGAAUGAAACUUCAAAGACGGCAAAACCAAAGAAAAUGGAAAAGGAAAGCCGCACUGAAGAUAAUCCAAAAGCACGAAAGCUUGCUGCUAGGACACGGACACCAAAAGAAGAGACAACCAAGAUGCAGCAAGAAACUGUUGAGGACGCUACAAAGGCUCCUGUCAAGACCACUAAAGUAAGAGCAGGUGGUGGCAAGGCAAAGGUAGAAGUAGUAUUGGAUAAGGAGACAAAGAUGCAGUCAGAAGUAUUGAUGGAGGGGAAAAAGAGACAGACACAGAUGCCAAAGACUACCACAGCGCCUCCUGAAAAGACCACAAAAGCUAAAAAAUCUGCUAGCAUUUCACCAGAGGAAUUGAAAGAGACAACCAAGAUACAGCCAGAGACAGCUGAGAACAAUAAAAAAGCUCCUACAAAAUCCAAUAAAACAAGAGCACGUUGUGGCAAAGCGCAAUUUGAGGAACAGACACAGUCAGAUGAUGCCACAAACGCUGCUGAAAAGACCGCGAAAGCUGAAGCAUCUGCUGAGAAACCAGAGGACACUACAAAAGGGAUGGUGGAAGACAGACAUGCAGUACACAAUACCCUUCGCACUACUUUGGAAAAACUGAAGAUUAAGAAGAAUGACAAAGUAAAUACAUCAAAAGUCAUCAAUGAAAUAAGAAAAAUUAUAGUCGAACAUUUAAAAAAACAUUCACAACACUUUAAAGAAGUUGAAACACCACUGAAUACUGGAAGUUACUACGAAAAUGUAAAGAUUUCCAAUCCUGAUGAAUUCGAUGUUAUGUUUCCUAUGCCGGUCGAACGAGUGGACAUUCAACCAUUUGGAGAUGAAGGCGCUUUUUACAAAGUGGCAAUGAAACGUGGCAACAACCCUCUGAACGAUUUUCAAGAGAAUGACACUUUGUCUGCUAGUAAAAUGCUUGAGGAGUUCAGGAAAGAAGUGAAGAAAUCCGUCAAGGAAUCUAAAGAAUGGCAGGUGACAAAGAAGGAAAGAGGCUGUCCUGCAGUGACUCUGACCACACAAGUACAAUCAGUCCCCAUUUCGCUUGAUGUUGUUCUCUGUCUCAUGGUUAAAUCAAGCUGGCCAAAUUUCACAAACGACGGCUUUCAAAUAGAGCGCUGGCUUGGAGGGAAAGUAAAGCAACAAUACAAAUGGAAGCCAUAUUAUCUUGUACCAAAAUAUAAAGGAAGGGGUACAGAGGAAAAGGAUGGGGUCCUUGCUAAAGAUGCCUGGCGGAUUUCAUUUUCUCACAUUGAGAAAGACAUUCUGAGGAAUCACGGAUCAGAGAAGACGUGCUGUGAGAAAGAUGGUGCAUCUUGCUGCAGGAAAGACUGUUUGAAGCUCCUAAAGCACCUCCUCCAUCUGCUGAAGGAAAAGAACUCUUCAUUUGACAAGUUCUGCUCCUACCAUGCCAAGACUGCACUCUUCCACGCCUGCUCUUCAAGGACUAAAGACAGCGACUGGAGUGCCUCGAAUCUAAGCCACUGUUUUCAGCAGCUCCUGAAGGACUUUGAAAACUACCUGCUAAAUGGUCGACUCUUCAAUUUCUUCAUCCCAAGUCAGAACCUGCUUUCUGGUUGUAGCCAGAAAAUGUGCAAGAGUCUGGCCGACAGUAUCAAGGAGCAACGCGAAAAGGGUUUUCCUAUUUUUAAGUAACAACUUGACAACGCACACCAAAUGUUUGUCAUGUACAAUCACCAUUGUCUUUGAAACGCCUCUUAAGUAGAUACUGAACUACAUAUAUGAAAAUAGGAUAUAUGUCAUUUAUGUUAUUUGUAACAACUGAAUUGCUUUGUUUUGAUAUACUAUAUUGAUCCCUGAGAGGAAAUUCUGUCCUGCUGUUUGAGCCAUCCAUUUGUUCACACAGUAAUGUGUACAGUUGGAGCAGUGGGCUGCAGCCCCUCUAGUGGGUGCGCCCGGGGAAUGAAGCCUUAUUAAAACCCAUUGAUAUUGUCAUUGCUCACAUUUUGGCUUUUGUCUGUUUGUUGAAUUCUUUGUAAUGACAUGAAAUACUAAAACUGCUAAGCUAGA